UCCUUCCCACAGUCUAUAUUUAUUUAACAAUAAAAACCGUUGAUAUUUUACGUCAAAGUGCAAAAUUCGCGUGGUUUAUUGACUAACAUGGAACUGCCGACUAGUGAUACGGACAUUAAAGAAUCUAGUGAAGCGGUUACCAAGCCAGUACCCAGGCCGUUCUCGAUAGAAGCGUUGAUGAGUGAUUGCGGACCCAGGAGAACUGUAAAUCACGUAAACUCGUGGGAUUUGUCGCCGGCGCGCAAUCAACAGUACCACGCGAGAGAGAUAACCAGGGAUACGGAUUCCGAAAGCAGCUUGGAUAUGGAUCUCGCUCAGGAUUUGUCGAGGAGAAGUCAGAAAGACGGUUCUGAUAUGGACGAUGACGCGGAAGACACCCAGAAUUCCGACGGGCCUUGCGAGGGUACCGCGUCGACCAAAGCUCGCAGAAGGAGAACCGCCUUCACCAGCGAGCAACUCCUCGAACUCGAGAGGGAAUUCCACGCGAAAAAAUAUCUAUCGCUAACCGAGCGAAGUCAGAUAGCGUCGGCGCUACGACUCAGCGAGGUCCAAGUGAAAAUUUGGUUCCAAAACCGUAGGGCCAAAUGGAAACGCGUCAAAGCCGGUUUGGGCACGGGACCUCAUCAGACAGGCAAAGGGACGCAACAGAAGAGCAAACUGGUGGUUCCCAUACCGGUGCACGUCAAUCGAUUCGCCGUUAGAAGUCAACAUCAGCAGCUGGAGAGGGCGCUGGGAGAUUUGGCCGGUAGGGUUCUAGCUAGUCACGCGGCGUUGAGGGCGGGUUUGGAUUUCCACGGGUACCAUCCCCAUCACCAUUCGCCCCCGCAUUAA